CUGCACGCAAGUGAACCUCAGUGAGGGUUAAUGACUCUGAGCCCAUCCCUGAGCUGAAGGAGAUGCAGCCAAUGAGCGGCGUUCUGCGUGCCCGGUAUAAAGCACCGGGCGCUGCGCCGCCGCUUUAGUUUCGCCCUGUCCGGUGCACAUCACACGCGCGUGCCGGUGCAUUGCCCAUGCCUCUAUCUCUACCUCUACCUCUGCCUCUUCCUCUUCCUCAGCAGUAUGCAGUCCUCGCUGUUCGCCGUGGGUCACAGUUUCGGGCUCCCGACGCCCGUGUCCUCCGUCUGGAAGCCGUCUGCGGACGCGCCGCUCGCGCUGCUGCUCUCCAACUGGUCCGCGCCCGACAGAGCCAACGGCACCGCGGACGCGCUGGAGCACCGGCGGCGCGCGCAGUCGUACGGCCAGUUCUCGCAGAGCGCCGCGGUGCUCGUGACCGCGCUCAUGACUCUCCUGGUGUUCGCCACCGUGCUCGGGAACGCGCUCGUCAUCCUGGCGUUCGUGGUGGAGAAAAGUUUGCGCACCCAAGGCAACUUUUUCUUCCUCAAUCUGGCCAUCGCGGACUUUCUGGUCGGUGGGUUCUGUAUCCCGGUGUAUAUUCCCUACGUGCUGACGGGGGAGUGGAGGCUGGGCAGAGGUCUGUGUAAGCUGUGGCUGGUGGUGGACUACAUGCUGUGUACGGCGUCGGUCUUCAACAUCGUGCUCAUCAGCUUCGACAGGUUCCUCUCCGUCACCAGAGCCGUGAGCUACCGCUGCCAAAAGGGCGUGACCCGCGAGGCCGUGUUGAAGAUGCUGUGCGUCUGGUUGGCCGCUUUCCUGCUCUACGGGCCGGCCAUCAUCAGCUGGGAGCACAUCGCCGGGAAGAGCGUGGUCCCUCACGGCGAGUGCUACGCCGAGUUCUACUUCAACUGGUACUUCCUGAUGACCGCCUCCACUGUCGAGUUCUUCACGCCUUUUAUAAGCGUCACCUACUUCAACCUCAGCAUCUACAUCAACAUCCGAAACCGCUGCGUGCUCCGAGAAGAGCGCUCCACCUGCGCGCCCCUCAGGAACGGGAGGACCGGAGAAGCCAAGCCGUUCUGCGCGACCGACGUCCAGCGUGUCUUUUUCGUCAGGCCCGCCGAAGAGAGCAGCGUCGUCGAGAACUCGAAUUCCAGGUCACGGUGUUGUCGGCUGUCCAACGCUACAGUGUCGGGAACCGAUUCUGAAAACGCCGGACGGACGACCAAGAGGAGGAUGAGCACGAUUCCGGAUCUUCCGCCUCUGCAGGUUGGGGACGUGGUGAACGAGACGGGUUUUAACUGCGCUGGACAUUCGUGCGGGUCACAGAGGAACCGAACGGACGUUUCGGCAAGUCUCGCCAGCCGCUUUCGCCUCUCCAGGGACAAAAAGGUGGCCAAGUCUCUGGCCGUGAUCGUGUGCGUGUUCGGCCUGUGCUGGGCUCCGUACACACUCCUGAUGAUCAUCCGGGCCGCCUGUCACGGCCAGUGCGUGCAGCACUACCUCUACGAGAUCUCUUUCUGGCUUCUGUGGAUUAAUUCGUCCAUCAACCCCGUGCUUUAUCCGCUCUGCCACACCAGCUUCAGGAGGGCGUUCAGUAAACUGUUGUGUCCGAGUAAAAUAAAGAUCCAGCCGCAGUACAUGGACCAAAAAUACUAAACAGACGCAGGACUGAGAUCGGUGUUCAUUCGUGCAGAUGAUAUUCGUGUCAGGAUGUUUUAGUGAUCUCCGUCAGUAUCGGAUCGGUGUAAAAGCUGUAGUACUGACCGACGUAAACCCGAUUUUCUGUGUCCAUCAUGUCGUUUUGAGGUUUUUGGGAGAGCACGAGAAACUCCGUUGUGGUGCAUCUGUGUAACCUUUGGACUUGAGCGGUACUACAGGCAUCCCGAGCCAGGAGUCGACGAUGCAUCGCCACGACCGGAGGACACACAGCUUGUGUAACAUCACAGGAGAGCUCGACACGCUCGGAGGAGAGCACUAACAGUCCUGCAGUCUAAAUUAGGGAAGAAAGAAAAACAGUACUGGGAAUUUAAGACUUGAAUGCAAGUUGAACGCGGGUUUCUGGGUGCAAGAAAAGUUUACACUCUAUUUUGUAACACAUCAAAAGAAGAAAAGAAGAAAAACAUGAAACACGACCACUGAAGAUUCUCGAGCUGUUCAUGAGUACAGGAAAAAGAAACAACAGAUAAACAUUGGUGUAUGAUUUCGAUUCAGCCCCGUUAUUAAUAUCCUAUUACGGUUAUUAUU